AUGAGCUUAACAUCCUGGUUUUUGGUGAGCAGUGGAGGCACUCGCCACAGGCUGCCACGAGAAAUGAUUUUUGUUGGAAGAGAUGACUGUGAGCUCAUGUUGCAGUCCCGUAGUGUGGAUAAGCAACAUGCUGUAAUCAAUUACGACACUUCUACAGAUGAACAUUUGGUGAAAGAUUUGGGCAGCCUAAAUGGGACUUUUGUGAAUGAUGUAAGGAUUCCAGAACAGACUUAUAUCACCUUGAAACUUGAAGAUAAGCUGAGAUUUGGAUAUGAUACAAAUCUUUUCACUGUAGUUCGAGGAGAAAUGAGGGUCCCUGAAGAAGCACUAAAGCAUGAGAAGUUUACCAUUCAGCUUCAGCUGUCCCAAAAAUCUUCAGAAUCAGAGUUAUCAAAAUCUGCGUGUGCCAAAAGCCUGGAUUCAAAGGGAGCAGAUACAUCAGCAGAGGUGCAGCAUAAAGCCACAGAAGCACUGAAGUCUGAGGAAAAAGCCGUGGAUAUUUCUGCGAUGCCCCGUGGUACUCCAUUAUAUGGGCAGCCAUCAUGGUGGGGGGAUGAUGAGGUGGAUGAACAAAGGGCUUUCAAGUCAAAUGGCAAACCUGAAGAAAAAAGUCAUGAAACCGGAACAGCAGGGUGCAGCAUAGAUGCCAAGCACGUUGAGGAACAGUCUGCAGCUGCAAGUGAAGAUGUACUUUUCCCUCUCUGUAGGGAACCGAGUUACUUUGAAAUCCCUACCAAAGAAUUUCAGCAGCCAUCACAAAUAGCAGAGAGCACUAUUCAUGAAAUCCCGACAAAAGACACACCAAGUUCCCAUACAGCAGGUGCAGGGCAUGCUUCAUUCACCAUUGAAUUUGAUGACAGUACCCCAGGGAAGGUAACUAUUAGAGACCAUGUGACAAAAUUUGCUUCUGAUCAGCGCCACAAGUCCAAGAAGUCCUCUCCCGGAACUCAAGACCUACCAGGGAUUCAAACAGGAAUGAUGGCACCGGAAAAUAAAGUAGCUGACUGGCUAGCACAGAACAACCCUCCUCAGAUGCUAUGGGAAAGAACAGAAGAGGAUUCCAAAAGUAUUAAGAGUGAUGUUCCAGUUUACUUGAAAAGGUUGAAAGGAAAUAAACAUGAUGACGGUACACAGAGCGAUUCAGAAAAUGCUGGGGCCCACAGGCGCUGUAGCAAGCGUGCUGCUCUCGAGGAACACUUAAGGCGGCACCACUCCGAACAGAAAAAGCUGCAGAAGGCCCAGGCCACUGAGAAGCAUCAAGACCAAGCUGUUACUAGCUCUACGCAUCACAGAGGGGGGCAUGGUGUUCCACAUGGGAAAUUGUUAAAACAGAAAUCAGAGGAGCCAUCGGUGUCCAUUCCCUUCCUACAAACUGCAUUAUUGAGAAGUUCAGGGAGUCUUGGGCACAGACCAAGCCAGGAGAUGGAUAAAAUGUUAAAAAAUCAACCUACUUCUGCCACUUCUGAAAAGGAUAAUGAUGAUGACCAAAGUGACAAGGGUACUUAUACCAUUGAGUUAGAGAAUCCCAACAGUGAGGAAGUGGAAGCAAGAAAAAUGAUUGACAAGGUAUUUGGAGUAGAUGACAAUCAGGAUUAUAAUAGGCCUAUUAUCAAUGAAAAACAUAAAGACCUGAUAAAAGAUUGGGCUCUCAAUUCUGCUGUGGUAGUAAUAGAAGAAAGAAAGCCACUGAGUACACCUGGAUUUCACAACUCAGAGGAAGGCACAUCUUCAUCAGGAAACAAACGCUGGGUUUCACAGUGGGCUAGUUUGGCUGCAAACCACACAAGACAUGACCAAGAAGAAAGGAUGAUGGAAUUAUCUGCACCUGUUCCUUUAGAGAAUGAUACAGACAUCAGUGAGUCUGGCAUUUCAAUGAGAAGUACUGGCUCAGCAACGUCCUUGGUCAGUCAGGGAGAGAGGAGGAGACGCACCCUUCCUCAGCUUCCCAGUGAAGAAAAGUCCAAGAUUAUAACACAGAGGUCAGAGAUAGGAGAAAAACAAGACACAGAACUUCAGGAGAAAGAAGCACCCACACAGGUAUACCAGAAAGAUAAACAGGAUGCCGACAGAGCCCUGAGCAAGAUGAACAGGGCAGUGAAUGGUGAGGCUGUUAAAACUGGCGGAGACCAUAAAACCUUGCUUCACUUGGGCAGCUCUUCUGGGAAGGACAAAAGUGAAACUGAUAAGGAAACUUCUUUGGUGAAGCAAACAUUAGCUAAAAUUCAGCAACAAGAACAGAAAGAACAGGCGCAGUGGACGCCUACCAAGUUGUCUUCUUCAAAAAAUGUUUCGGGUCAGAUAGAUAGGUGCCGGGAGGAAUCUUUCAAACAGGAGUCACAACCUCAAGAAAAAAUUCCAGGACACUCUACAAGCAAAGGAGAAAGGGUGAUACAAAAUGAGGGCAAGCGAAGAAAAGCUGAGGAGGUUCUGAAAGGUCAGUCUUCAAAGGGCGGAGACAAGAAGGAAUCCUCCAAGUCCUUAGUGCGACAAGGAAGCUUCACUAUAGAAAAACCUAGCCCAAACAUACCCAUAGAACUUAUCCCCCACAUAAAUAAGCAGACAUCAUCUACACCCCCUUCUUUAGCGUUGACAGCUGCCAGCAGAAUACGAGAAAGAAGUGACUCUAUGGAUACUGAUUCUAGUAUGGACACAACCCUUAUUCUAAAAGACACAGAAGCAGUAAUGGCUUUUCUAGAAGCCAAACUGCGUGAAGAUAAUAAAACUGAUGAAGGCCCAGAUACUCCCAGUUAUAAUAGAGACAACUCUAUUUCACCAGAAUCUGAUGUGGACACAGCUAGUACAAUCAGUCUGGUUACUGGAGAGACUGAAAGAAAGUCAACCCAAAAGCGAAAGAGUUUCACUAGUCUCUAUAAAGACAGAUGUUCCACAGGUUCUCCUUCCAAAGAUGUCACAAAAUCGUCCUCUUCAGGUGGUAGGGAGAAAAUUGAGAAGAAAACAAAAAGUCGUUCCACAGAUGUAGGUUCAAGAGCAGAUGGUCGCAAAUUUGUACAGUCCAGUGGAAGAAUAAGACAGCCUUCUGUAGACCUAACAGACGACGACCAGACCUCUAGUGUACCUCAUUCUGCGAUCUCUGAUAUUAUGUCCUCUGAUCAGGAAACUUACUCUUGUAAACCUCAUGGAAGGACUCCACUUACCUCAACUGAUGAGCAUGCACAUUCCAAACUGGAAGGAGGCAAAGUGACUAAAUCUAAGACUUCUCCCGUCACACCUGGAUCAUCCAGUAAGUCAACCACUCUUCCGCGGCCACGACCCACCAGGACUUCCCUCUUGCGCAGAGCACGGCUUGGCGAAGUGUCCGACAGUGAACUGGCUGAUGCUGACAAAGCAUCUGUUGCCUCUGAAGUGUCCACCACCAGUUCCACGUCCAAGCCCCCCACAGGAAGGCGUAACAUCUCUCGGAUUGAUUUAUUGGCUCAGCCCCGUCGAACAAGGCUUGGCUCAUUGUCGGCUCGCAGUGACUCUGAAGCAACCAUCUCUAGAGGUAGUGCCUCGUCACGGACUGCAGAGGCCAUCAUUAGAAGCGGAGCCAGACUAGUACCUUCAGAUAAAUUUUCUCCUAGAAUUAGAGCUAACAGUAUCUCUCGACUAUCAGACUCCAAGGUCAAAAGUAUGACCUCAGCACAUGGCUCUCCUUCAGUAAAUUCAAGAUGGAGGCGCUUUCCUACUGAUUAUGCUUCCACCUCAGAAGAUGAAUUUGGAUCAAACCGUAAUUCCCCUAAACAUACUCGUCUACGUACUUCUCCAGCCCUGAAAACCACUCGGUUGCAGAGCUCUGGGUCAGCAAUGCCUACUAGUUCUUCGUUCAAGCACCGGAUAAAAGAACAGGAAGACUACAUCCGAGAUUGGACUGCUCAUCGAGAAGAGAUAGCCAGGAUCAGCCAGGAUCUUGCCCUCAUUGCUCGGGAAAUCAACGACGUAGCAGGCGAGAUAGACUCAGUGACAUCGUCGGGCACCGCCCCCAGCACCACAGUAAGCACUGCGGCCACCACCCCGGGCUCUGCCAUAGACACUAGAGAAGAGUUGGUUGAUCGUGUUUUUGAUGAAAGCCUCAACUUCCGAAAGAUCCCUCCAUUAGUUCAUUCUAAAACACCAGAAGGAAACAACGGUCGGUCUAAUGAUCCAAGACCUCAACCAACAGAGCCUCCUGAUCACUUAACAAUUACAAGGCGGAGAACCUGGAGCAGAGAUGAAGUCAUGGGAGAUAAUCUGCUGCUGUCAUCCGUCUUUCAGUUUUCUAGGAAGAUAAGACAGUCUAUAGAUAAAACAGCUGGAAAGAUCAGAAUAUUAUUUAAAGAUAAGGAUCGGAAUUGGGAUGAAAUAGAAAGCAAGUUAAGAGCUGAGAGUGAAGUCCCGAUUGUGAAAACCUCAAGCAUGGAGAUUUCUUCUAUCUUACAAGAGCUGAAAAGAGUUGAAAAGCAGCUACAAGCAAUCAAUGCUAUGAUUGACCCAGAUGGAACUCUGGAGGCUUUGAACAACAUGGGAUUCCCCAGUGCUAUCUUGCCGUCUCCACCAAAGCAGAAGUCAAGUCCUGUGAAUGACCACGGCAGCCCGGGUCAGACACCGACACUUUGCCAACCAGAAGCUAGGGUACUCCACCCUGCCGCUAUCCCUGUGUCGGCCGAAUUUGAGAAUGCUGAGUCUGAGGCUGAUUUCAGUAUACAUUUCAAUAGGUUCAACCCUGAUGGGGAAGAGGAAGACGUUACAGUACAUGAAUGACUUUCUCUCGGUUGUUAAAAAUAAUUACCUGUGGAUUGACUAGGAAUAUUGGCAG